AUGGAGGUAUGCCAUGAUGACUUGCAAGUUAUCACCAAAAAAUAUGAUGUUUGCAUCCUAGGUGCAAGCAAUGUUGGUAAAUCAUCAAUGAUUUACCGCUUUAUUCAUGAUCAAUUCAUGGAGAAUAUUGAAGAAGAAGAUUUAUACACCAAGAAAUACAUCAAUGGUCAAGGUGACUGUGAUAUUUUGACAAUUUAUGAUUCAGACUUCACUAAUGAUAUGUAUAUGAAAAGCAUGCAGUUAACCAUCCUCAAUGCAUCGUGCUUAAUUUUUGCGUACGCUAUUGAUGAUCUGAACUCAUUCUUGUCUAUUGAAGACUAUUAUCACCAUAUAAACAUGUUUAGAACGCAAAUGCCGCCUAUUUUCAUUGUUGGUUGUAAAUCGGAUUUGGAAGGUGAAAGACAAGUACAUUACGAGGAAGGUGGGGAGUUGGCAACCAAGUUGAGAGCAAUAUCAUUUCACGAAUGUUCUGCUAAGGAAAAUGUUGGCAUCACUGAGAUUUUCAAAGCAGUCACUGACGUCAUCGGGGAAAUAAGACUAAAGUCUCAAAUAUCAUUGCCACAGAAUCGUCUUUCAAGUAAUAAAAGAGGGCUUACUGGUGUUGCAUAUUGUACGAAUCAUGAUUUAUCAAGAAGUAGUUCAAUGAGUCUCGGCAAUUCCAAUUCGCUCCAUGCCAUGAGGACCGACUCUCUGUUGCAAAUACCACCACGUCUGCCAUCACAAUCAAAACCAGGGUAUUCAUCUAACUCAAUCAAGGUUGCUAAAAACAAAAGUCUUGUUGGUGAUAGCAACAACAAGAGCCUUGUCCUUGACACACAAUUGCUGCAAAUUCCUCAAGAACAGAACUCACACCAUGGAGGCACAUCUACUUCACAAACCACUUUAGCUGAUGGCGAGACAACACUUGCGCAAACCAACAAUGAGGAAGUUAAUGUCCCACUGGGUAAAAAUGACAACACAAGGAAAAGAAGAGGCUCUAACAGACAGUACUCAUCAAAGAGGGAAGUUGAGAGCCCGAAAGAUAAAUGUUGUGUUAUAACUUGA